AUGUCCACCUCGCCGUCGCUCGUCAAGGCCGUCCAGGCCGCCAUGCAGCGCAUUGCGCCGCUCAGGCUGGCCGAGAAGUGGGAUAAUGUCGGCCUCCUGCUCGAGGCCCCGUUUGAAAAGUCGAGGCAGAGGCAUAGGGUUAUGCUGACUAUAGACCUCACCACGCCCGUCAUGCACGAGUGCCUCGCACAGGAAGCCUCUGUUCUCAUCGCCUAUCAUCCUCCAUUGUUCAAGCCCACACGCGCACUCACCCUCGCCAGCCCCAUACACGCCUCCCUCCUCCGCCUCGCCGCAGAGGGCGUCAGCGUUUACUCGCCCCACACCGCCCUCGACGCCGUCUGGGGUGGUGUGAAUGACUGGCUGGCGGAGGGUAUACUCGGCAGGGGCGCGUUGGUCAAGGGCACCGACACCCCUGCCUCCCCCGCCCUCGCGGGCGACAUCGGCCCACUCGCCGCGGAGAAGAAGCUCGAGGUCCAGGGCGAGAGCGAGGGCGCCGAGGGUCGCUUGGUUGUGCUCGAGGACCCCGUCCCGAUUGAUGAGAUUGUGAAGCGGGUCAAGAGGAAUUUGGGGCUGGAAACCCUCCAACUCGCGCACCCGACCACGCCGCGCCCGACGGUGCGCACGGUCGCGAUCUGCGCGGGCAGUGGCGGCGAGCUGUUGGCGGGCAAGGACCAGGCGGACGUGCUGCUGACGGGGGAGAUGGGCCAUCACGACGUCCUUGCGGCCGUCGCGGCGGGCAAGUAUGUGAUCCUUUGCGGCCACACGAACACGGAGCGCGGCUACCUCCCGCUGUUGGCGGCACGGCUGGCGCAGGAGCUGAGUGCGGAGACGCAGACCACCCUCGGCCCGGUCGAGGUCAUCGUGAGCGAGAGGGAUGCACAUCCGUUGAGGUUUGUAUAG